AUGUCCGUGGGGGCGUGGCUUUACAGUUCUAAGGUUCCUUCAAGUUACUUGGGAGCUGAUCAAGACUUCAAGCUAAAGAUGGUGAUGAUGAGUCGCCUGAGGGUCAUUCUUCAAGCCUCUCCAUGCAAGGCACAGUGGAGAAGGUUCCAGAUUCCGAGGUCCAUGUUAGCAAGGCCCUGCAGCCUCUACACCUGUACUUACAAAACCCGGAACCGAGCCUUGCACCCUCUCUGGGAGAGCGUGGACCUGGUCCCGGGGGGUGAGCGCCAGUCGCCCAUCAACGUCCGGUGGAGGAACAGUGUCUACGAUCCUGGCUUAGAACUGCUCACCGUCUCUUACGACCUGACCACCUGCCUCCGCGUCUGGAAUAACAGGUACUCCUUCCUCGUGGAACUUGAAGACUCUGCAGAUAACUCAGGCGAGAGCCAGACCUGUCUGUGGUCUCAUUUGGAGUUAAAGGGACAGUUUCAUGCAGUAAUUCUUUUAGUGGUGUUUCAACUGUACUUGGUACAUCAGAAUGCAAUCCAAUUUGAAAGCUUUGAGGAUGCAGCACUGGAGGAAGAUGGUUUGGCUAUGGUAGGAAUAUUUUUUAAGCUAGGCAAACAUCAUAAAGAGCUACAGAAAUUGGUGGAUACUAUGGCAUCAAUUACACAUGAGGACAUGCUUGUGGAAUUUGGGUCAUUCGACCCUUCCUGUCUGAUGCCUACCUGCCCAGAUUACUGGACCUACUCAGGGUCCCUGACUAUCCCGCCACUCUCUGAGUCUGUCACUUGGAUCAUUAAGAAGCAGCCCAUAGAGGCUGAUCAUGAUCAGCUUGAGCAAUUUCGGACCCUGCUCUUCACUUCUGAGGGGGAGAAAGAGAAAAGAAUGGUGAACAACUUCCGCCCCCUUCAGCCCCUAAUGAACUGCACUGUCAGCUCAUCCUUCCCUCACGACUAUGUGCUGAACAUACAAGCAAAACCCAAGUCGUCUACCAGCCAAGUGACCCCCUUAGACGCCAUUAUCUAG